ACCCGACACUCCCACAGUGCCGACAAUCCUCGUUUAUUGCUCUUGAUCUUAACGUGUAGUUCCAUUUAAUUAAUACGACCGCUAACUUUGCAGCCGCAGCGUUUUGAACAGUUGCUCGUCAGCUGGCGCUCUUCGUCUACCCUUCACAGCAAUGCUCCACAAGAGCACUCUGUUAGUUUAGACAAUCCCGUGAGUACACACACUUAAGAUGUCCGAAGUCGGUGCCACAGUGAUCGAAGGAAUUGGUGACGAGGUGCUGCUGUUUGCCUCCGUCUCCUUGACGCUAGUCGCCGGGUUGCUUGUGGCGUUCUACAUCCAGUCGAGCUUUCGACCACGCAGCGGAUCGCAGAAUCAGCGUACGAGGCGGGACGUCAACUCUGCGCAGAAUGGCAGCACUCGUGUUGUGCCCGCGGCAUCCGGGGACCACGCGUCGCCCAUACAGACGGAGGUCGCCAGCGGCGUCAGUGAAGCGGUGGAACCGGCUUCAAACGAUUCCGCUAGUUCGGGUCGAGGUGACAACACCCAGCCACAGCACGACUGCGAAGAACGCGGUCCCGAAGCUGCCCAGGUACCGGUGAGCCCCGACGUUGUUCGUCAGCGGAGACUUGAGUUCAUAGAAAGGAACUGUCGUACCGAGAGCAUAAGCGGCGUGGAUGCGGUGGAGCCAGACUCCGAAGACUCUGCCCCGGCCAAUGACAGUGCCGGUGACGAACCAGCGGCAGCAGCACCAGAAGAGGAGGAAGAGGGUUUUGCCAUUCGUCUCAAGUACUUGAAUGACACCGAGCGCUGCGUUAGAGGCAGGCCAGAUGAGACCGUAGGAUCGUUCAAGAGGCGCCAUUUUUCUGCAGAGUUGGCGGACCAACGGCUGGUGCGUCUCAUCUACAAUGGAGGGCAGCUUCGCGAUGACAAUGCACGUCUUUCAUCCUGUGGCCUUAGUGAUGGCUGUGUCGUACAUGUGCAUAUCUCAACGGCACCCAUUGUGCAAAGUGAUACUUCGUCGGCAAAUUCCAACAGCGAAGGCGACCUCAACCUUGGCGCUCUCAUGUGGCCGCUGUUUGCAGCCACGCUGGGCAUCAUGUGGGUGCUCCACUUCCAGUACCGUGAGCUGUUCAACACUUCGUCGACUGUGGUGCUCGUCGGCAUAUCUGGAUUGUUCUGUGUUGGUCUGUAUGGACAGCACUACCCCCAGUCACCGGUGCAGACAACUGCUGAUCAAGAAGGAGGAACACGGGCCACUCCACUGCCAGGACGGUAGCCACCGACAGCCCCAGCAGCACCAGUUAUUUCUUUUGGAAUCUCCAUAUUAGGCCACUUGUAAUUCUGAUGUGGGGGCCAGGGAUCGAACAUUGCUGUGUGCAAGGACUGUAGUGUGGAAAGGCAAUCAAGUCCAGUGAACUUUGAAGUGAGCAACAUUUGGUUGGACAUCAUGUGCUUCAAAUCCACUGCGUAUGGUUGUUAAAACAACCUUAAAAGGCGAGCCACUGGAACUGUGUGUGUGUGAAGUGGCAAAAUUUGAUGCAUUUAAUGGUGCUGUGAAAAAAAUCGAACAGCGACACUACCACACGUUUGUGAAGCAGUUUCUGCACUGUAGUGAACUGAACCUUGAGAGCAUGUCUAAGAAUCAGCGCUUCAGCCAUGUUUGUGCACCAACUGUACGAUUGGUGUGUGGGCUAAUGUGGAUGCAACUAGGCCCAGGGCAUUGAUAAGAAUGUUUGCUACUGUUAAAGAUGCUUUAGCAUAACACUGCUACACAAGGGUGAACUGUUUGAUGUGUGUGUCUCCAUGCUGGCCUAAUCUUAGUUUUUCUUUCUCUUAAAAUACGCCUGAAAGGUGGUGACAUAUUCUUUUGUUCGUAGCGUUAGCAAGCUGGUCAUGUUCAAACACCUGUUGAUACCUGCAUGCUUGUUCAUAAAUGCACUGAGCAUUCACAUAAAGCUUCUUGUGUUUCUCUGGA